AUGAAUUUAGAACAAAAAGAAACUACAGAUCAAAUCACUCUUGAAGAACCCCAGGAUGAGUUUACUGAGCUCAAGGCCCACAUUGUCAACUUGGUGUCUGCUUUGGGUGGUCCAGAUUUGGCCGAAGAGACAGAACCAUAUGUGCUUGGUGAUGAUGCACUUGGAUGCUUGCGAGAUUUGAAACGCUGGCUCAAAGUGUAUGAUGAACAGAACGACUCCUUAGAUGUCGCUCGUGCAAUCUCGGAAACAAGUCUUGUUACCUUUGACUUGCUUGAGAUUCUCACGCAAUGGGAUAUAGAAGAAGAAAUACAUGAAGAAACUGACAAGGAAAAUGAACAUCAACCUAUUAAUGUGGAAGAUGAAGAAGACGAGGAAAAACAAAAGAAAAAAUUCCAGCGAGACAAAAAAACGCGUAUAGCCUUAGCUUGUUUGGAAUUGCUUGUGCCUUUGACAUGGCCAAUUUCCUUAUCUAAAACUUCAAACCCAAACCAUUUCACUCAUAUGCCAUAUCUUGAAGUAGCAUAUCUUAAAUAUAAGAAUGCUAUUCUCGCUCACCCUGAACAUCGAAUUUUUAGAGCUUUGAUUCACCUCUGUUUGCCAGCUUUAAGCACACCCGAAAACAAACGCACAUUACGACACAGAAGUACACUUAAACUAUCUGUUUAUUUUUUACGCAAUAUUUGCCGUAUUAACUAUCGUGAUAAUAUGGACAACCAGUUUGAGCAAUUGUAUCUUGAUACCUCGCGUAACACAGAAGUGCAAGUCAUGAAACAACAAGGAGUUUUGGAUUUUCUUAUGGCUCUAUCUUCUAAUAUUAGUUCGACGGAGUUUCCUUACUUAAAUACUCCUCUUAUGGAAUGUCUUUAUUACCUCCUCUAUGGAGUUGAUGCUUCAACAUUGUUUGAAUCAACUGAUAAAAUAAUUUUGGACGAAAAUGGUCAAAGAAAUGAUUUAAAGUCUCUUUUAUCACGAGACAAGGCACGAGAAAACAAUCUUAAAUCUCGGCUUGCAAAACGUACAAAUCGAUCAACAGCACUUGUUUCGAUUAAGGAUUCCAACGGUGAUACAUCAGCAGUUAUUUCACGUGCACAUACCAUUGGCACUUCUGAUGUAUUGGAUUCAUUAGAUGAAUACAAAACCAAACGAUUGCCAAAAUUAUCAAAUCACGCUCGUAUGACUAUAAAGUCUAAUGUUCCUGGUGCAGAUAAUUUAGACCGUUUCAUUGAAAAUCAGUGGAACGUUACUAUUUUGUUAACAAAAGAAGUGCGUGAAAUAUUGCAUGAUUUUUGCUGUGAUUUUUUGCAAGUAUCUUUUAAUCCACUUUUUAAGAAUUUGCGAAACUAUUUUGAAAACGAGUGGAUGGAAUCUGCUGGUAAAGAGUUUUCCAACAUUGUGCAAUAUGAACACCAGAUUCACUUUUUGUAUCUUGCUUCGUCAUUUUUACGAAUUGAGCGCACCAGACUUUCUAUUAAAUUUGACAAAAAGGAAGAUGUGGACUUUGGUCUUGUUGCUGAAGCACUUAUUCACAACAUGUUUAUCAUUGUCAUGAAAAUGAUGAGAGUCUCUAUCGAAACACGCGCUUGGGCCGUCGCAUACACUUCUAUGCGAUGUUUUAACGAAAUCAUCUUGACUACAAACGAAAUGGAGCGUAUAGGAGAUGAAGAGACGCGCGAGAUGGCCGACAAUAUGAAGCACCGGUUAUUUUACUUGGAGGAAUGGCUCAACACACUAGCAGGACUACCUGUAGCAGCACGGUCACAAAAUGAGUCUUUUGUUAAUUUGGUAGUCGAAGUGUCUUACAAUGUACUGUCUACCUUGGAAAAGUUUACCAAAAAAAAUAAGGAACUGUAUAUUCAAGCAGGAAGACGGAGACGACAGAUUCAAAAAAAAAAGACUGGCGAUGUUAAUGACGAAGAAGCAGAUGAUGAAGAAGAAGCCAUGGAUCAAUUUCUUCAGGAAAAACGAUACAAUGAGCGGAAGCUAGACUUUGCAGCAUUUCAACGCAAAUAUCUUAAAGAAGACACGGUUGAAAUGUUAACUGUGUACUUGAGCAACUUCGAAGAAUUAUCACGGCGGCAAAUCAAGUGGGGGCUGGGCCUGGCGCACAGAUUUUUCGUCACUGCUGGAUACCAUGUUGGAUUUUUCCGGUUGGACUUCAUGCGCAUACUAGAUCGACUUUUAGAAAGUCGAGCUAUUACUACAGAUUUAAGCUCUGAAUUUGAACGGUUCAACAAAUUUUUCAUGCGAACUUUCACUAGCAUGCUGGAAAAGACACCUAGUUUACAAUGGGAAAUUUUGUUCCACAAAGAACAUGCUCGUGUAUUUUACUUGGAAAACGGUGUCACAGUGGAAGAUACCAAAGCCAAUAAACCAAAGAUUAAUCGUCGGAUUGCAGGAAAGGUUUCAUUGCCUAUGCAAUUUUUAGAGAGCGAAGAAUACACUGGUCCUCGUGAGCAUCGAUUCCGCAUUUUAGUAGCUGCUUUGAUUGAUGCUGAAAAACGCCCAUUGUUAGAAUGGACGAUAAAAGCUCUUGAAAAGGCAUAUGAUGCACGACUAGCAUGGAUUUCUUCUAGUGAACUUAACGAUUCUGUUAUAAUUGACGAAGAAGCACUCAACCCACGACUUAACCCAGAAAUGGAUAAUAAAGCUGUCCAAGAAAUCGAGAUUGGUUUGAGAAAGAAUGGAACUUUCCGACUUUUACUGAAGGAAUGCCAACUUCGCCUAGAAGACAAUGCUGACCGUACCUUAUGUAUGUUGCCGCGCGAUGCUCUCAUGGAAACAGUCAAGAUUUGUUUAGAUUACAUGAAACGAUUUAAUGAUGAAGGUACAGAGUUUCCUGAUGGCAAACUUGCAAGUGCAUAUUUAGAAGAAGUCAGGCCGAUCCGAAAAAGAGUCGGACCCAAGGAUAGAAAAGGGAGUGAUAGUGGGGAUGAAGAAGGUGGGGAUAUUGACGAUGAUCUUGAUGGGUUCAUCGAACGUGACAAUGAUGAAGAAAGUGAUAGUGAAGAUGAUGGGAGCAGUGAAGAAGAAGAAGCUCAAGAGAGUGGAGCUGAAGGUGGUUUAUCAAAGAAAAGACGCCGAAGAGGAAGUGGCAGUGGAAAAUCACGGAAACAUAAAAAGGCAAAGAAGGAUCAGAGACAACAGAAGCUUCCACUCCGACGAAAGCCUGUCGCUCGACAAGUGGAAUACAAAAGUUCUGAGUUUAUUACAGAAUCAGAUGAUGAAGAGGAUGCUGAACGCGACCAUGAGUUCUUUGAACGUGAAGCUGAACAACGUGUUCGUGAAAAAGCAAAGAUGGAUCUACUUCUUAAGAGACCUCAAUCACAGAAGUCCGUCACAGAGCCGUCAUCUCUAGAACAAAGCAAAAAUGAAUCUUCGUUACCAGAUUCUGAAUUAGAACAUGGAUCCGAAGAGCAUGAGGAGCCUGAGAAUAAGUCUGAUAAUUCAUCUGAUGAAGAAUCAGCUGGGUCUGAUGACGAACUAGCCGAACCUGAAGAAGAAUCUGAAAAAGGAACCGCCAAAACCUCUGCUCAACCUUUUGAAUUGGAGUCCGACGACGACGCUGAGCCGGAGGAAGGUUCUGGUUCCGAAUCAGAACAAGCUGGAACGGAUCUCGAGCCCAACCCUGCCAAAGAAAAUGACAAUGAGGAAUGGGCCGAAGGAGUAUCUAUUUCCAGCGUUUCUCUUGCUGUUGAAGCUGUGUAA